GGCGGGUCCGGAGAUGCCCCAGCACAGCGUGGGGACGGACGGCUGAAAGGAGCAAACUUGCAAGGGUGGCACCAGUGAAGCAGAGCCACCUUGUUAGGACAGGCCCGGAGCAGAGACUCCGGGUCUGUUUCACACCAAGACUGUGUCCGGCUGCCGUGUGCCCUCGUGUGACAAAGCCAUGUCAGUUUACAAAUAGCAGUGACGGGCAGCGAGACUUGUGUUUUGUUUUUAUUCUAUUAAGUAAAGCGAAAACAUGGGGGGAUGCGUUUUCACAUAAGAUGAGUACGUUUGCUUGCUGCAGGUGGGUCGCUGCACAUUUACACCCUGUGACCCGGCAAACCUGAUUCGUUUGCAGGAACAGCAAGAUUUAGUCUUUAUCUGUAUUUACUCAUGUAGUUAAAGCCCCUUGGGCUCCUGUCGAGGCCCUUGUUGCGGUAGGCAGGGUUACUGUGGAGGGCCCCAUUUAGCCAGUUACAGAGGCUUUCUUUUUAAAGGUGUUUUCUAACCACAUUGAGGCUUUGUAGUGGAAAAGAAAGGCGGGAUGGACUUCUUGAUAGUUCUGGCAUGGUUUAUAAUUUUAGAAUUGGAUUAUUUUUAAGCUGUCCUUUCUUUAAAUACCUGUGUACAUCACAGGUUUUCUUUUCCUGAAUCUUACUGUUUUAGAUUGUAAAAGCAAUCUAAGUGAAACGAAGACUUUAUAGUUGGAAGAACUGGGCAAAUGAAAGACAUGAAAGGCAUUCUCACCAACUCAAUUAAGUCAAAAGCCCUUUUAUUAAAACGUAUUUUCAUUGCUAUGAUUACUGACAAUUUUAAAAAGCCUGAUAUUAGAACCGCAAGCAGGAUCGAAAUUAAGUUUUUGCAAUUUGUCAUCACAGUGAAAUAAAAAAGAAAUUCGAAAAAGCACAGUUGUAAGAAGAGAUGCGGAUAAAAUGCCUUUUAUCACGGUUGACUGAAUGGUUGGGGUAAUUGGGAGUUCUUACAGACUUGUAUUGAAAUGGGCAAAUCAGAAAACAAAAUACUGUUAACAGCAGGGGGUAUAAUUCACUUUACAAAUCGGAGAAGUUAUUUAAGCAGUUAUUAUUCUCGUGUACUUUGUGUAGGAAUAAUUGAGCUGUCAAAUAGGUGUGGUGGUGACAUUUCUCCAGAGUUACUGUACUACACUUCAAUACUGAUCCCCUAGUUAAGAUUUAGAAACCAUCACCAACAAAAAAAGGGUCUAUUCACUGUUUCAGUCAUCAGGAUAGUUUAAGACACUGGGGAAGGUGAUGGUAAAAUAUUUUUCGCAGUGCUCUGUGUGUAACUUUUCAGAUAUAAAUGACUUUGUUUUUAAUACACUUAAGUAUAGUCAUGGGCAAAAUACUUUAUGUAAGAUAACAUUGCUGUAUUGAAAGCAGUGGCAUGUUUUUUCCUUUACACCAGCUCACUUAUAUUUCUUUCAGUAAAACAUUUUUAAAACUGUGGUCAUUGUAUGGUUGUAGUUUCAGGUGUUAAAUAGAAGUAUUUUCCCUUUUCAACUGGCACAGGCUUAAUGACUCACUGUAGUAUAAAGCGGAAAAUACCCAUUCUAAACUAGGGAACUUUUUUGAUCAGAGAGCAUUCUUACAGUAACAAUUUGCAUUCUCAUUAAUAACCCAUUUUUUAGUAUGAUAUAUAUAUAUAUAUAUAAAUAAACAUUUUUAGUCCUCAAAUAUGGACAGCUUCUGUUAUGAUAGACAGACAGACUUGCAUGCUCUGGGAGACCUUGCUGUUCCAGCAGGGCUUUGAUUUUUUUGGCACCUUUAUAUUCAAUUAAAAUACAGCAGCCUCAUUGGAGUAGUACUUGCUGUAAAAGGGUCCAAACCAUCAUUUUUCACUUUUGUUGUGCAUGAGGAGCAAAUAACUCUGCUGUAAGGCAUCAUGAACAUACUAAUGCCUUCACUUUAUGAUUUUUUCUCCCUAAAGUUAGUUUCUCUGGCCUUCACAGGUGAAUGUUGUAAAUCAGCCUGAAAUGUAAAAACUGCGUAGAAGUAUUUAUUUUCUGACUGAAAUCUUUCCUAUUGUACUUGAAAUGUAAAAUGCAGGUGAUAAGCUACAAAUUUACUUUGCAUUAUAUGCUAGAAUUUACUGACAGUAAUCAACAGAAAUAUAAUACAGAGCUAGUGUAGAGUACUGGAUGAGUAUGCAGGCAUAAUAUAGAUGAACAUCCAACUUUGGCAUAAGUGAAAAGGAAAAAAAAUUCUUAUAUCACACAAGCAAAACAAAGACAUUCUUUAGCCUUGUAACAACUAAGAUGUCAAAAUAUAAAGGUUGUUGAGGAAACAUGUCUUUCUUUAAUAGACAAGAUGGCAUUAAAACCUGCAAGUUACUGCCAUGGGUAUUCUGAGAAGACAGACUGUGAGCCUGUCCUUCCCUCAAGUACAACUUUUGAAAUUUUUGGGAACAGGAGGUAAAAGUGUUGGUAUCCAGAGAGGUGUGUAAAGGGAAGGAUGAAAUACUCAAUCUGCCCUUCACUUUUGGCAUGCUGUAGAAGUCUGCUUGUUUUACUUUGAACACAGAGUGAAAUAGAUAAACAAUGUUAGGGGUUUAGCUUGUUUGUUUUCUUUAGAACUAAAUGGUUAGGUUUUUUAAGCAGUUCUAAGAUUUUGUUUGUUUUGCUUUAUGGCACAACAAGCAAAUCAAUGUUUGAUAGUAAUGCACAUGUUAUAAAUAUCCCUACUAUGGGUAGUUGAUGUAUUUUUAGUAAAAAAUAUUGACUGCCCUGUGUUUGCCCAGUUAUGUCUAUAUGGAUAUAUUUGUCUGUCUGUGAAAACACAGAAGAUGAAGUUUACCAGGGUUUAUUAGCCUGGUGAAGGGAUUGUUUCAGUGGCCUAAUAUGUAUUAAAAUAUGACUGAUAUUAUCUCUGAGAAGUGGAGGGAAGAUGUGGAGAGGGGAGAAGGGAAAGCUUCCUUAUUUAGAGAGUAUCACAGUAUAAACAGUAUUUCCUAGGUGUGUGUUUACGUGUGUGUUGAAGCUCAUUAAAAUUGUUACUUGCAGAAGAAAGUUCAUCAUUCUUGUUUUAUUAAUAACAGGCCAGUACAGUUUUCCAUGCUCACUUGAAGCUUCUGUUGAUGUCUGUAGCUGUUUAGAGUGUGCCUAGAAUGCAGAAUCAGGUCCACUUGAAAUACUUUGCAUAUAAAUUAAGUUGCUUUGCUUCAUUUAAUUGGCUGAUUUGGCUUUGUUGCAGUAUUGCAAAUCCACUGAUAAUAUGGGAUUUUUUUAGAUUAACACUGGGAUAUCUGGCACCAACUUUUUACCUUAGAUUUAGCAGCCUUAUCCAAAAUGAUGGUUUUAAUAAUCCAUGUUCUGUAAUGAGGCAAGAAAAAUGUGAUGAAUUCAUUCAACAAUUAUUAGCCAAAAAAGGCCCUUUAUUUUAGAAAAAAGACCAAUGGUAUCUGCUUCAAUGAUGGAAAAUUUUUUCAAAGUUUCAAAAAGUCAUCCUUUUUUGCAAGAGGCGAUAAUUCAAUGGUAAACAUAUAUCUAGUUCUAUCAAGAAAAGGUGUAACAUUCCAAUAAACUUAUUGGAUUGUAAAAUCAAAAAAGUUUUAGAAAAAGUUAAUUAGAUACUUUAUUUUCCAAACGGGCUACCUAUGUUUUUUGCUCUGUCAGUAUUAGAGUAUCAUAUUGCAGAUUAAUGGUUAUAGACUGAUUAAUAAUAGGUGCCACAGUUUUCAUUACAUCAAAGCUGUCCACCCAUCUUUUUCCCUCAGAGGAAUAACAGAUGAUUAGUCAGCCUCUAAAAUUUUGAUAAAUGUUUGCCUGGUAUCUAAAAUUGCACAGUUUUCCACAGAUGAAGCCUUGGAAGGUGAGACAUGAAUCAAUACCACUCAGAAAGCCUACAUACUACCUUCACAUUUACAUGGUUGGCCCAUGGUAAUUGUACAUGCCUACAGAAAAUACUCUUACCAAACCCCAUAAUUCAACCUUUUAAGUGUAACUUCUUAUUUCUGCAAAAAGAUCAUGCGUUUUCUCCAAAUGUGUAAAUGUAAAUCUCCAUCCAGAAAGCUUCCUAUUUGGUAUCUGGAUCAAAAUUUAUUUAGUUCCAAAGAAAACAAUUACAGGUUUUGUUGUCAAGCUAGAGCUUUCCCAUUCUUCCCAUAUGUCCAUAAUUAAUACCUUUACCUCCUUCAGAGAUCUUUCCAUAGUUUGACUCAUUAACUGAGAGUAUGGAUUUGCUCUCUAUAAAAUUAAUCAGAAAAGAAAAGCACAUGUAGAAGAAUGGUGAAAUAUUUAGUGUUGGUUUGAUCAUUUGCUUGCAUUUGUGAUUCUGCAAAGCUCACAGAAUGUUUUUUCAGGAUGUGCACAGACACAGCAGUGCUAUGUAGUAUACUGUGUCCCAGGCCUGCAUGCAGCUGGUAGAGGAGUAAUCAGCAGUGGAAAACAAUGACCCUCCUGAGUGCACUUUGUGACCGUUUCUUGGUGUUACGCAGUUUUCUCCCACUCAUGCCAGAAAAGCCUUUCCUUGCUUUGAUGAGCCCAUCUACAAGGCCACAUUCAAAAUCAGCAUCAGACAUCAAGCAACUUACUUAUCUUUGUCCAACAUGCCAGUUGAAACUUCUGUUUUUGAAGAAGAUGGAUGGGUUACAGAUCACUUUUCACAGACCCCUCUCAUGUCCACCUAUUACCUGGCUUGGGCAGUGUGCAAUUUCACAUACCGGGAAACUGUCACCAAGAGUGGAGUAGUUGUACGGUUAUAUGCAAGGCCUGAUGCAAUCCGAAGAGGAUCGGGGGACUAUGCUCUAAAUAUUACAAGGAGACUCAUUGAGUUUUAUGAGGAUUAUUUUAAAGUGCCCUAUUCCCUGCCAAAAUUAGAUCUGUUGGCUGUGCCUAAGCAUCCUUAUGCUGCUAUGGAAAACUGGGGACUGAGUGUUUUCGUGGAGCAAAGGAUACUGCUAGAUCCAAGCAUUUCUUCUAUUUUAUACCUACUGGAUGUCACCAUGGUCAUUGUACAUGAGCUGUGCCAUCAGUGGUUUGGUGACCUUGUGACUCCAGUUUGGUGGGAGGAUGUGUGGCUGAAGGAAGGUUUUGCUCACUAUUUUGAAUUUGUUGGGACAGACUACCUCUAUCCGGGGUGGAACAUGGAAAAACAGAGAUUUCUGACAGAUGUCUUACAUGAAGUAAUGUUGCUGGAUGGAUUGUCCAGUUCACAUCCAGUAUCCCAGGAAGUGCAGCAGGCCUCAGACAUCGACAGGGUGUUUGACUGGAUUGCCUAUAAAAAGGGUGCAGCUCUGAUUCGAAUGUUGGCUAACUUUAUGGGUCACUCUGUGUUUCAAAUGGGCUUACAAGACUAUUUAACCAUUCACAAGUAUGGCAAUGCAGCCAGAAACGAUCUCUGGAACACAUUGUCAAAGGCUUUAAAAAGGGUUGGAAAAUCUGUAAACAUCCAAGAGGUAAUGGAUCAGUGGACAUUACAGAUGGGUUAUCCUGUUAUCACUAUCUUGGGAAAUGAAACUACAGAGAACAUCAUAGUCAUCUCCCAGGAGCGUUUUGUUUAUGAUAGUGAUACUAAACCCAAGGAUCCUGCCCGUGGGGACAACAGCUACUUGUGGCAGAUUCCAUUAACAAUUGCAGUAGGAAAUACGAGCCACAUCUCAUCAGAGGCAAUUAUAUGGGUGUCUAACAAAUCAGAACACCACAGAAUUCCUGCUUUGGAAGAGGCAAGUUGGUUGCUGGGGAACAUAAACCAGACUGGCUACUUUAGAGUUAAUUAUGAUAUUAGGAAUUGGAGGCUGCUAAUUAAUCAGCUAACAAGGAACCAUGAGGUUAUCUCUGUCAGUAAUCGAGCAGGCUUGAUUGAUGAUGCAUUCAAUCUAGCCAGAGCUGGUUAUCUGCCGCAGAAUAUACCUUUGGAGAUUAUGAAGUAUCUUUCAGAGGAAAAAGAUUUCCUGCCUUGGCAUGCUGCCAGCCGAGCUCUUUAUCCUCUAGAUAAAUUGCUGGACCGUACAGAAAACUACAAUAUCUUCAAUGAGUAUAUAUUAAGACAAGUGGCAUCAAUGUAUCUGAAGCUUGGAUGGCCAACGAACAAUUUAAACAAAUCACUUGUUCAAGCAUCAUACCAACAUGAAGAGUUGCGUCGGGAAGUCAUCAUGUUGGCCUGCAGCUUCGGGAACAAACACUGUCACCAGCAGGCUGCAACGUUAAUCUCUGACUGGAUUUCUAGCAAUAGGAACCGAAUACCUCUCAAUGUGAGAGACAUUGUCUACUGUACAGGAGUUUCACUGAUGGAUGAAGAUGUAUGGGAGUUCAUUUGGAUGAAAUUUCAUUCUACCACAGCAGUGUCCGAGAAGAAAAUACUAUUAGAAGCCUUAACUUGCAGUGAUGACAGAAACUUGCUCAACAGACUUUUGAAUUUGUCUCUCAACUCAGAAGUUGUCCUGGAUCAGGAUGCAAUUGAUGUGAUAAUCCAUGUAGCUCGAAAUCCACAUGGAAGGGAUCUUGCUUGGAAGUUUUUCAGAGAGAAGUGGAAAAUACUAAAUGCUAGGUAUGGAGAAGCGUUAUUUAUGAAUUCAAAGCUUGUCAGUGGGGUCACAGAAUUCCUCAAUACUGAAGGAGAACUAAGAGAGCUAAAGAACUUUAUAAAGAGUUACGAAGGGGGUGCUGCUGUCUCUUUCUCUCGUGCUGUGGAAACAGUGGAAGCCAAUGUGCGGUGGCAAAGGCUUUAUAAGGAAGAACUGUUCCAGUGGCUAAGAAAAUCCUUGACACAGUAAUCUGUCUUUUAAGCCAAUCAUUUAAACAUGACUUACUGCAAGAGGAAGAGGAGACAUUUUAAAAGUGUUCAACAUGAAAAUCAUGAAGACGAGAUCAGACUGCAGGGAUAAGGUUUUUUGUUUUAUUGUUUUUUUCAUUGUGGAUUUUUCUUUUUACACUGAACUCUUGUGAAAUUGUCAAGAAGAUUUUCAGAAGAGAAGAUCAUGAAUGCUUGUGAAACCCAGUCCUCAGUGUACACAACCAAACAUGAUAUUAAGUGGUGCAUGUAAAUGUCGGGAAAAAAACAAACAAAAAAUCCUUCAAAGGCUAUUUUGUGCAUGCUUGUACUGUCUUUGCCUGUAUUUUAGCAUGCUUAUGUAUAACAGCCACAUUUUGUAUGUGAGUUCCAGUUACAUCAAAGUUGGGCAUUAUACAAAGCACAAAGACUCUAUGACAAUCACUAUUUCGAUGAAAAAAAGGAAAGCAAGGAAAAGGAAAUGCAGAAGGCUUCCAGCUUGGGGUGGUAUGAGAUGUAAAAUCUACUUUCCCACUUGCUGCCAGUUUGUCUACCACUCAGAUUGUCUCCUAAUGAUUACAAAGAUGCCAGCUCAUUUUUUGAAUUACCAGUUAUAUCUGCAGUCUCCAUAUUCCUAUAUUUAAAUAAUCAGAAUAGUGAGAGAGGAGAAAGAGAAAAAGGCCAGGAGCAGGGUUAGAGAGAGAAAAUGAGAAGGACAUCAUCACUGCAUUAUAAUCAUAUACAUUUGUUCACUGCUGAUCAAUGAAACUCUGUAGUUUCAACUGCAAACGUGUGUGGGGGCAGGAGCUUUGCAUUGAUUUCACAGAAUCCAUGAACCACCUCUUCUCAGCUACUUUACAAGGCACUGAUACAAUGGAUCAUGCAGGUCACCCAGCCUGUGCACUAGUAAGUUUUGUAGCUCACAGUGCACAAGUAUUAUAAAUAAACAUAAGAUUCAAAUGAAAAUUAGGAAAGAGGGAGAAUAUCUUGCAUGCAAAGACUUAAAAUUGCCCAAGAGGGUUGUCUUGCAUGUGGUAGACCAGCUCUGUAGUGAUUUAUUAUGAUAGACAGGUCAGAUUCUCUAUAUAGGCAACACUUCUGCAAAUAUGGAAUGUAUGAUUUAUGCCAUAAUUGAAAAGUGAAAUAUGGAGAGAGUGAGGGGGGUAUACAUGUGUUUAUUUGUACUGACUAAUACUGAGAACGUGGUUUUCUUUUGGAUCCCUUAUACUUCAUAUAGACUAUUGUUCAUGAAUGACAUUUUUCUUAAUCGUGUUUAUUUCUUCUCAAUCCUUAAUUUGAAAGAUCAGUGACACAGUGGAAUUGUACAAUGACUGUCUGCACUCUGGAGCUAAAUGUUGAGGAUAAAACUGGUGAGGGAAAAUACUCUCUCAUUUCCACACUGGAGGAAAAAGCCACAAGAAUACAGUUUUCAGGAGUCAGAUUGCAGCAGCUUCAGAGGUAGAAUAUAGAUGUGGGACAGUUUCUUUAUCCCGUCCCAACCUAUCCCAACCAUCUGACCACAUCAUGGCCAUGUACAUUGGGAGCACAUGGCCCACUAAAGUAGAGAGUAGCCAUUCUGUCUGGUUGCCCUCACAAGGCAUGGAAGUUACCAACACGCUUUACACUUGCAGUUGCUUAUCCCCAGUAAGUUGUGAAAUGAAACAUUAGUGUGUAAAGAACCAAACCCAAGCAUCUUCUGAUAUUUUUAGAGUUGUGUGGAGACAGUAUUGUUUUCUGGGCUCUCAUUCCCAAGGUAUUCUGCUCCUCAAAAACUAGCAGACCCAUCCUGUAACUAAGCUGUUGUACUGAUCUUGGUGCCUGUUGUUGUGUGCCCUUUAUUUUUGGAGGGUGUCUGUGGGUUGGGUGCAUGAAAUCCUUACGUGGGCAUUUUUUCAGCUGUUUGGUGCUGUGUAGCACAUUAGAUUGACUCACAUAUAACCAAAAGAAGAGGGAAUCCUGUGCUCUUGUACUGUUAACUCUUUGCCUUAGUAAGCUCUAAACCUUUGUGCUAUGUUGCAGUGCUAGUGAACCUGCUGCCCAGAGACAUUAUCAUGUCGAAGCUGAGUGAAAUCCUCCUCCUCCUUUGUAUUUUACCUACCUCACAGGGGUGUUGUGAGGCUUGACUAAUGUUAGCAAAGCACUUGAAUAUCAUCUUAUGAAAGGCAUUUAAAAGUGAAAAGUAUUAUUUUAUGCGGUUGACCAAACUCAACCUCAAUGCCAGUAUGUAGCGUCACAUUUUUAAUUUCUACUGAGAAAAAUCACAUGCAGAGUUUUUGGUUUUUUUUAAUAAUAAAAAAGCAAGCCAAAUACUAUUUAAUGUAACCUCUACCCUGUAAUGAAGGCCAAAAUUGUGAUAUCCAAAGAGUGUGCAGAAAGCCAAGCCCUCAAAUAUGAAUUGCUUGGAGGAUUUCAGAGAACAGAAGAGUGUGAAAUGGUCUGUCCCUUUACAAUUUUAUUCAGUAUUGUCUUUGAUGACUUUUCCAGAACCACAGAUUAAACCACAUACCUUGCAAGAUGCACAUAAAAGUUUCUGGUCUUCCCACUGAUAACAGUAUAUUCCAAAGUCAAAAUUUCGCUACAGCCUGUGUGUUUUGCACAGUGCACAGAAAUUUCAACUCUUGCUCAUUUGGAUUGAACUUCUUGCACAUUUAGCUGGUUUUGGAUGUAAAUUGAUAUUUUAGUGGCCUUGAGCAACUGGUCUACCACAGAUAUCAAGACCCAAAUGUAUAUAUUAUACAUACCCAUUAAUGUGUUGCUUAUAAUUGUAUUCUAAUAAUGUUAGUAUUAUUCCUCUAAGGUUGAACUGGCCUUUCCAUUAUAAUUCUCUAUUAUUUUAUUUUUUAUGUUUUGUAUUUUGCUGUUUCACACUGAAUCAGGAUUAAAUUUAAAUGGAUUAAAUCUAAAAAAAACCACAAUUGUUUUCUGCAAUAUUCAAACACCCUACAUUUUAUUAUAUGUCUUCAGAAACCUUUUUUAAAGAAAUUUCACACAGCUGUGUGUUAAAGAAUAGUUGAUUCCUCAUGGAAAGUUCUAAUACUGCUUAGAAAAAUCAAUUGAUCAUAUUGAUUUUCUUUCUCUUUUACCAAUCCUUUUCUUCCCUUGCCCAUAUCUAAAGAUGGUCCUCAUUUUUAUGAUUUAGAUUGUGAUUAGGAAGCCAAAUACUCCAUACUUUUCAGCAUUUUCUAGUAUUUGACUUUAUCCUUUCUAGUGUCCUUUCUAGUGAGAGGAGAUCAUGCAAAAUGUGAUUGCAGUGUGGACAUGGACAUGGACAUGGGUGUCAUUUUAUAGAGAUUUGAUGAGAGUAAAAUCUCUAAUCAGCUUUUGUAUGACUCAGGAUCCUUUGUAGUUAUUAAUUGAUAUGGCUUCCUAUAUCAUAUAGGAAGACUUAUGAGUAGACAUGAUUCUAUGCCAGCAUAAUGAAAUAGCUAUUGUAUUUUUUAUAAAAUUGUCCAGUACAAGUAUCUGGGCUAUUACUUUGUAGCUGGUAGAAUUAUUCAUGUAUCCACUGCUAAUAGCUGUUAAAAUGAUAGUAGCUACUAAUUGUGACGAGGGCAGAACACUGUGAAAACAUUCUUCUGAAAUGACAUGUCAUUUCUGCUGUUACUGGGAGUACUUGGACAUUGGUUAUGUAUGAUAAAAAAAAGCAAACCUAAUGUGUUCUCAAGUGCAUCUAAAUUUGGUUAUCUUUUCAGUGAAUAUAGCAAGAAUUGUGAUCCUACGCUGGAAACUGAAGGUGAAUUUUAUGUAGUUUUUGGGCUGUUGUAGAUAUUUCACUGAUCUUUAGAGUGCCAAAGGAAAUAUGCCCUUAUGCAGAAGGGUGCUUUCACAGCAAAGAUCCUGAACCAUACAAUUAAUUCUUUAGUCAUAAGUAAUAAAAAAUUAAAAGAGUGUGUGUGUGUGUGUGUGUGUGUGUGUGUGUGUGUGUGUAAAAUCCUCCAUAGACAUACUUUUCCCAUAAAAAUCUAAUUAUUUGGAUAGAAUAAAGCAAAGGUAACAUUUGCAGGGGAGGGUGCCUUUAUUUAGAUACCUGCAUAAUAAGGUUUUGGUCUUCCACAUGAUCAUAAAUGAUACUGAAAAUAGACUUUGAGUCAAAUGUGUAACUUUAUCUUUGAGGAAAAUGGAUGAGGGUUUGAAAACUGCUAAUGUAUAUAAUCAGCUUAGCAGCACUCUUGCUAUGAGUACUCACCAUAUCAGGCUACCUGUCCUAAGCAGGAUAUAGCCACAGUGUCAAUAUGAGCAUGAAGGAGUAGAAGGACCAUCCAGCUGUAGAGCAGCCUAAAGAAAGUCUGUUUGCUCAGCUAUGGAUGGAGCAGUCAGAAAACUGCUGGCUGUAUCAUCUGCCACUGCUGCCAGACCACCUGGGUUAGGAAAGCAGCUGGGAACCACUGAAAUGCAGAAAGGCUCCAUCCAACUUCCUUUUCAUCUGUGUGGAAGAGACGCAAGGUCCCUUGGCUGACUAUGGGUUGUGAAUGAUCUUCAGAGAUGAAUGUCACUGCCUUGUGCUAGCAGAAAGCAAAGGUCCAGCUAAUGAACCUGCACUGCUCAGAAAAAAUAGACCUCAGCUCUGGCCAUCACAGCUGAAAAGUGUUGACCAAAAUGUUUGUAAAGGUCUAGAUUAUUAUAGUGUUCCUCUUCAAAAAUAUUUUCAAACAGUCAAAUAUUUGAUUUUCAAGUGUGAAUAGGAACAGAUACUUUUUCUUUAUGAUGUUUUUGUUAAUAUUUGAAAGUGUACCAGGAAUUUCUUGGGCUUUUUUUAACAAGUGGGUUAUAAGGAUAUACUACAAAUUAUUUCUGGUAAUAAUUCUAGUAAUAGUAGUAAUUGUACUCAUACCAUAAAAUACAAAAAACCCAAACAAAAACAAUCAGAUGCCUUCGUAAACCCGUAUGGCACCAGUGACUGUGCAGCUCUCUUUUUGCAUACAAAGAUGUAAAAAAAGUUGGUCACUUUGUUUCUCAUAUGACCGUGCAAGCUUCUGCUGGUCUUAAUACCAGUUCUGAAACCCAGUGAAACCACUCUGACUUGAGCAAGUAGUUCAUGCUGACAUGAGUAAUUUUGUUUUCAGUGGGAAGGAAGGGGAGGAAGGAUUUUUCACCAAAGUAAGGCCACACACCCUCAUUAGGCAGAAUUUUAAAAUCAAGAUUAUUGAUAUUGAACUUUGCUCUCUUUCGUGUCCAUGCUGGCACUGGAGUGGCAUUCUGAGCUUGACCUUAGAAUAUGGUAACACAGUUAGAGGCUGAAAUUUAAAAGACAUAUGGAGCCAGUUUCAUUGAGGUAUGUUUAAGGAGAAUCACCCACAUGAGAAGUGCUGUGAGUCAGACCAAAUGUAAUUUCUCAGAAGAAAAGGCAUUUAUAUUUGACUGAUUUGUUACUAGUGAAGUAAGUGUGACCUUGCCAAUCAGUAUUUCAGAAUGCUUUGCUUAUUUAAUGUGUACCAUUUCCUGAGAAUAUUGAAGCAAUGUUGGUAGAGAACACAGGUGAGCAUCUUUGUGAGAGCAGAGGGGCUGUGCUGCAGCAGGCAGUCAUGAGCCGGAGGCUUUUGCCAGAGUCCCCCAGCAUUUUCUGGACAGCAUCACUUGGAUCUGCUUGAUCAGGAUAGCCAUGGUACAAUGGACCAGGCCAGCAGCCAAGAUGCAGUCUCAGUUCUUUGUGAUACAUUUCACUCCACUUAAUACGUUGGUUUCUGUAAUUUCAGAAUAAUCUGUGGCCAAACUGGUGGAGCUUGUGUGGCUGCAGAGCCUCUGUGGAUGCCCAGUGAGGUAGAUCUGUUGAAGUGACUGAUGUGAAUUCCAGCUGAGGAUCUACUCCACUGUUCCCAAAACAGCCCUGGAGGUGUCAGCUUGGGUGCUGUACAGGAUGUUUUGUGAAUUUGUAUCUAGGUUUCAGUAGCAUAUAUUGGAUGACAAAUGUUUUUCAUUUUUCUUUGGCUUUUCAUUUGGAUAAUAUUUUGUGAUUGGUUCCAAUGUGAUGAAGCUUUAUAAUUUUUUUUGAGAACUGUAGAAUACUGUACUGUGAAGAGUGUGGCUACUACCCUCUCUUUUUCCUGCAAACAACAGAUUUCAACAGAGAUGGACUUUCCUGGACUUAGACACUCUGUCUGUGAAGAAAAAACAAACUUUGACGGGUUUCAAUGGAAAAAUCAUUGUAAUUACUGUAUAACGACCCUGUAUAAAGACAGCUUUAUUAUAUGUGUAAAUGUAAUUUUGCUAUGUUGUUGUAAUGUUUGAGAGACAAUAGGCUUUGGUGUGGGUGAAACAUACAGCCUUAUAAAAACAGAGAUUGUAUCUCCCAGUAUGAUGCUUUUUUGGCAGGUGUUCAGUUGCUGUAUUUUUGCAGAAGUAAAUAUAAACUGGUUCUCUGAAAACUAACUACACACACGUCAAUGACAUAAAUAGAUCAUAUUGUUGAAAAUAAAGGAUUGAUGAUAAAUUUCAUUAUUUUUCCAAAAGACUCCACAUGUAAGUUUGGCACCUUAAGAAGAAAGAAGUCAUCCUGCAGCUGUUUAUGCUGGUUAUAAUGGAUGAGUCCCUCUGUUAAUUCUGUCUUAACCUUAGAUUAAUUCUGAAUACUGUAAUUAGAAGUUCUCAAAUCUGUAGUCUUGGGAAUUCAGGUUUUUGUCAUGUAAGAGGUGUCAAGUAAACUGACUCUUUUUAUACAGUUCACCAGUGUUUUCAUAUAAAUGUCUGUUUGCUAGAUCAGAAUGCCAUUUUCAUAUAGAGAAAAUACAGAUGAUUGCAUAAUACCACACUUCUCUUUCUAUGUAUCAUGUGUACAUGCAUGUAUAGCUUCUAGUUCUGGAUAUUUUGCUUUGAAAAAUUAUUCAUUGGUUAUUUUUAUUUAUACAGCUAGCUCAAACAGUUUCAACUCAGCAAAACAGUUGGAUGUAAGGCAGGAUGUGAGGCUGUGUUGACCGAGACUCAACCAUAUGUAUAAAUCUGUAGGCAGUCCCUCUGAUGUCUGUGGGAUUAAUUAUAAACUUCAAAUUAAUGUAUAUUCACUGUAAACUCCUGCAUAUGACUGAACUAGUAUUUCUGGAAAGUGAUUUAGGUUGAAAUAUGUUUCUACAUAGGUUUCAGGUGCAGUAUAUGGUGAUAUGUUUUUGCUGAAUUUAAAAUCACAGCUUUAUAUAGAACUAACUACUCUCUCUGCUUUUUUUUAAUUUAUUUUUUUUUCACAGAAAAGGAUAUAUUUUGCAUAUAGAAGGGAGAUGUUUACUGAUUCUCUGUAUAUCUAAAAUGCCACAUUGAACAAAGUUUUUCAUUUAUUGUUUGGAGCAUUCUAGGCUUUUUGAAUAAAGCCAGAAUUAUUCUUACAGUGCUAAUUAGCAAAUAUAGAACUAAUCAGAAAUUGAAAACAUAAGCCAAAUAAAAUAUUUGAAUUUCUGAGAACAGUGUUUUUUGUUACAUGCCUUUAAAAAUGAUUACAUAAAUAUGGGACCACUGUGUGUUCAACUUAAAAUUUUUAUUCCACUCUUAAGGACUAACUAAAUGGAAUUUUUUUUUAAGAGAAACUUGAUCUUCUGUAUUUUAACCAAAACAAAUUUGAAUUUUGUCUCUGAUAAUAAAAUUUUGUAUAGUAAUGUGUAAUUCA